AUGAAGGAAGCGAGUUGGGCACUGCCCAUAGCCUUCCUGUUACUUACUGCAGUCAAUGGCCAAGAAGAUAUUACAGUAGAAGCGAGUUUAGACGCCAGACCACGGGCUUUCGCCGCUCCAACCGGCUUCAAUUCGAUUUCUGUGGCUGGCGAAACCAAGAAUUAUAUGAGUAAGUUAUUUGUAAUACAGUAUGAGUAUGGUCUUCAUGGUAACAUAUGAGAAAGUCCUUCAGAAGUAACAUACAGUACAUAUUAAAUUAAGUGACUCAAUUUAUUUUGUGUUUUUUCUAAAAGUAAAUUUUUGGAGUUAUGGGGCACAGAACUAAUUGAAAAACUUAAUAUUAGAAACACGUCUUUAUUUAUUAAAAAAUGUCCCAAAUAUUUUAAACUAUUGUAAAGAAAUACAUGAUUUAAAAGUUUUACUGUAACAUUAAAUUUCAGAGAUUCCUGGAGGCUAUCGUGAUGGAUUUCAAAAAGUGAUCUUUGAUGAAAUCGGAUUAAACAAUGUUCCAAGAGUCCGUAAGUAACGUUACUUCUUACUAUUAUCUAAAUCUCUUGCUGCUAUUGUGUUUAUAUGUGUUAUAGUGCUCAAUAUGAUGUAAAUACAUAUGUAACAAAAUAAAAAAAAAUUUUUUAAUUUUUCAUUUUUUUAAAAUUAAAUUUUGACUUUUUAAUAUGUAUGAAUAUGUAUUAUCAAAGUUAUGCUAAUCUUCUUUUUCAGCCGAUGUCCCAGACCAAUUCGAUCGUUUCGGAGCCUAUGACGAUGGUAAUGUAAUCACUGAUAUCAACAGAGAAGUACCUUUGUUUGUGCCUCUGCCAUACCGAAGUGAGAAGGAGAAACAAGCAGCAAAGGAAGAAGCGAAGAAGAUCAAAGAAGCUCAGAAGCCAACGAGCAGAAUCGUCUCGAAUGUCACUCCAAAUGGUGCCACUUUCAUUCCAAACAAACGACCACUGGUUUCGAGCGGAAUUCAACCAAACCAACAAGUCACUAUUCAGUAAGUUUAAAUUUUUUUUUGAAUUUUUUAAAUUUAAACUUGUGUUGUUGUUCAAAUAAUUCUGUUUCCUCACUAAAAAUAUAAAACUUUCAGACCACGACCAGUUGUCCAACCUCCAGCUCCUCGACCACCACCACCAAUCAGCCCACCUCAAAUCCCAAUCCGUCGACCGGUCGUACAGCCACCUCAACAGCCACCACGUUUCCAACCUCCACCCCCAACCUUUGCCACACGACCUCCACCACCACCCCCAACUUUCGCUCCCCGACCCCCUCCACCACCCCCACAACAAACUCAGUUCGUACCUCAAACUGCCCCACCUCAACAAUUUACUGUUGCUCCCAACUUCAUCUCGACAGUCGGAUUCCGAACCCAGCCUCAAUUCCGGACCCAGCCUACUCCGGCUUUCAGGCCACAGACUGUUCAGCAACAACAGUUCACUACCAGACCUCCAGUAGUUACUACGACGCAGUUUGUGCCACAACCAACUACACCAUUCAGACAGUUGCGACCAUUCCGGCCUUCGCAACAGCCACCACAACAACAGCAGCAACAACAGCAACAAAACACGCGGCAAGGAGAUGGACUUCGUUCUGGCAGUAGGUUUUGCUUUACUUUAGAUUAUAUCAUAAUAGGUUGUUCAGAUAAUUCUGUACCCCUUAAAUUUGAAAAUUUGGUUUAAGAGAGGCUUAAAGUUAUCUGAACAUUAAAACUUUUAAAUUUAUUUUUCCAUAUUACAGCCUGUCAUCACACGAUUUACUACAAGUCUCGCGAUGCUCAAGUCUCUGACCUUCAACAACCAUUAACUCACUUUGCCGUUGUCGUAUCUGUCGACCAAUGUGCCAGAACUUGCCAUGAAUUCAACUGCGCCCGAGCCUUGUUUGAUCCAUCAAACAGGCAUUGCCAAUUCAAUCCAUCGACAGUCUUCAGUCAACGCGGAUUCUGCGAACAAUGGCCCAACAAUGUCUACAGAAACAACGUCGUAUCUGGUCCGAGAGCUGUCAUCGUUGAAUGUGUCACUUGUCAACGUAGGUUUUGGGGUUUUUAGCGCUGUUUGAGCAUAUUAUAGUAAGUAAAUGCAUUUGAUGUCAUGGGUAUUAUGUUUUAUGCAAAAAGUUUAAUUUUUAAUUUUAAGGCCGCCGGCGAAACGGUAACAACCCAUUCCUACGGCCACAAAGACAGCCGGUUGCGAGAGGAAGAUUUCGACCAGUGAUCGCUCACAAAGUUCAUGGUGUUCUGUUGAGGUAAAACUUUUAAAUUUUAGUUCAAUCUAUUUUUAGAACAAAAAAAAGCAUCAAAAAAUUAUAAAAUUUUAAAAAACCUUUAGCAACAUCAAAAACCUUUUCAUAAUCAAAAAACUUUUAGCGAGAACAUCACCGCCGAUCCCGACCUUCUCCUUCGUCAAGCCAUCGAAAACGCUCAGGUGGAAGAACUGGUCACUCUGAGCGAUAGCAAUCCACAAGUGCCAGUCCAGUCGACGCUGGUCGAUCCAGCCGAGAGAUUGUCCCCAAAUGUAGAAGAUAACUUUGACAAUGUAGAUGUGGACGAGAAGUCUGAACUACCCACGAUUCAAGUGCCUCGCAAGACUCUUGGCGUUAAAAUAUUGAGGUUGUCUGAUAAUAAGGCGCGUAUCUCGGCCGAUUCUGAUUAG